CCUUCGUAGAUUUCCGUAAACAGAGCCGAAGCUCGGCCUUCGGACUCGCGGAGCUGCGCGCGCGUCUCCGGGGAUUACCUUCUUCGGCUGUUUCCGGAAUUCACCCGUGGUCCCCGACCGGGAGGAGGAGGCUUGAUCCCCUCCCGUUUCUAAGCGCUUCGGAUAUUUCCGGCUGCUGCCGGCGGAAAGAGCCGAGGGCCGGCGGUGCUGGCGGCCAUGUUGGGAGCAGCAGGUCCGGCGGCGGCUGCCUGUGUGCCGGGCGCGGAGCAGUGCCGCUGAGGGCAGGGGAGGAGCGAGGCAGGCGGCCGGCUGCGGCGGCAGAGAGUAGGCGGAGCGGCGCAGCCCGGCCGAAAGGCGGCACAGCCCAGCCGGGGGUCGGGGGGGUGCGGUCCGGAGCCGCUCGGAGCCGGCGCGGCCUAGCCCGAGCGGCGCAUCCCCGGGCUGGCGUGAGCGGCUGCCCGGGCCUCCCCGCACCCCCGGCCGGGGCCCAUGCGGCGGGCGCUCCUGCUGUGAGAAGCCCCGCCCGGCCGGGCUCCGCGCCUUCCCUUCCCUCCCUUACUCCAAGCUUCUCGGUUCCCUCCCCUGAGAUACCGGCGCCAUGUCCAGCGCCCGGACCCCCCUACCCACGCUGAACGAGAGGGACACGGAGCAGCCCACCCUGGGACACCUCGAUCCCAAGCCCAGCAGUAAGUCCAACAUGCUGCGGGGCCGCAACUCGGCCCCCUCUGCUGACGAGCAGCCCCACAUCGGCAACUACCGGCUCCUCAAGACCAUCGGCAAGGGCAACUUUGCCAAGGUGAAGCUGGCCCGGCACAUCCUAACUGGGAAGGAGGUGGCUGUGAAGAUCAUUGACAAGACUCAGCUGAACUCCUCCAGCCUCCAGAAACUAUUCCGCGAAGUAAGAAUAAUGAAGGUUUUGAAUCAUCCCAACAUAGUUAAAUUAUUUGAAGUGAUUGAGACUGAGAAAACCCUCUACCUUGUCAUGGAGUAUGCCAGUGGCGGAGAGGUAUUUGAUUACCUAGUAGCUCACGGGCGGAUGAAAGAGAAAGAGGCUCGAGCCAAAUUCCGCCAGAUAGUGUCGGCUGUGCAGUACUGUCAUCAGAAGUUCAUUGUUCACAGAGACCUAAAGGCAGAAAACCUGCUCUUGGAUGCGGACAUGAAUAUCAAGAUUGCAGACUUUGGCUUUAGCAACGAAUUCACUUUUGGGAACAAGCUGGACACUUUCUGUGGCAGUCCGCCUUACGCUGCCCCAGAACUCUUCCAGGGCAAGAAAUACGAUGGGCCUGAGGUGGACGUGUGGAGCCUGGGGGUCAUCCUGUACACACUGGUCAGCGGAUCCCUGCCUUUUGAUGGACAGAACCUCAAGGAGCUGCGGGAGCGGGUACUGAGGGGGAAAUACCGUAUUCCAUUCUACAUGUCCACGGACUGUGAAAACCUGCUGAAGAAAUUUCUCAUUCUUAACCCCAGUAAGAGAGGCACUUUAGAGCAAAUCAUGAAAGACCGGUGGAUGAAUGUGGGUCACGAGGACGAUGAGCUGAAGCCUUACGUGGAGCCCCUGCCUGACUACAAGGACCCCCGGCGGACAGAGUUGAUGGUGUCCAUGGGCUACACACGGGAAGAGAUCCAGGACUCGCUGGUGGGCCAGAGGUACAACGAGGUGAUGGCCACCUACCUGCUGCUGGGCUACAAGAGCUCCGAGCUGGAAGGUGACAACAUCACUUUGAAGCCCCGGCCUUCGGCAGAUCUGACCAAUAGCAGCGCCCCUUCCCCCUCCCAUAAGGUACAGCGCAGCGUCUCGGCCAACCCCAAGCAGCGGCGCUUCAGUGACCAGGCUGGUCCUGCCAUUCCCACCUCAAAUUCCUACUCCAAGAAGACACAGAGCAACAAUGCAGAGAAUAAACGGCCUGAAGAGGAGCGGGAUGUGGGGCGCAAGGCCAGCAGCACAGCCAAGGUGCCUGCCAGCCCCCUGCCCGGCCUGGAGAGGAAGAAGACCACCCCAACCCCCUCCACGAACAGCGUCCUCUCCACCAGCACAAACCGAAGCCGGAACUCCCCGCUUUUGGAGAGGGCUAGCCUUGGCCAGGCCUCCAUCCAGAAUGGCAAGGACAGCACAGCCCCCCAGCGUGUCCCUGUCGCCUCUCCCUCCGCCCACAACAUCAGCAGCAGUGCUGGAGCCCCAGACCGAACUAAUUUCCCCCGGGGUGUGUCCACUCGGAGCACCUUCCAUGCUGGGCAGCUCCGGCAAGUACGGGACCAGCAGAAUCUGCCCUACGGCGUGACCCCAGCUUCUCCCUCCGGCCAUAGCCAGGGCCGGCGGGGGGCCUCUGGGAGCAUCUUCAGCAAGUUCACCUCCAAGUUUGUACGCAGAAAUCUGUCUUUCAGGUUUGCCAGAAGGAACCUGAAUGAACCUGAAAGCAAAGACCGAGUGGAGACGCUCAGACCUCACAUGGUGGGCGGAGGCGGCGAUGACAAGGACAAGGAGGCCAAGCCCCGCUCCCUGCGCUUCACGUGGAGCAUGAAGACCACGAGCUCCAUGGAGCCCAACGAGAUGAUGCGGGAGAUCCGCAAGGUGCUGGACGCCAACAGCUGCCAGAGCGAGCUGCACGAGAAGUACAUGCUGCUGUGCAUGCACGGCACGCCGGGCCACGAGAACUUCGUGCAGUGGGAGAUGGAGGUGUGCAAACUGCCGCGGCUCUCGCUCAACGGGGUCCGCUUCAAGCGGAUAUCGGGCACCUCCAUGGCCUUCAAGAACAUUGCCUCCAAAAUAGCCAACGAGCUGAAGCUUUAACCGGCCGCCGGGCCAGCGACUGCACACCCUGGACGCCCUGGGCGAGACAACGGUGGGGCACCCGGCGGGGCAGGGCAGCGUGUCCCCUCUGCUGGCACUUGACACCCCGUCCCCGCCCUGCUGGGUCGUUUCUUCCACGACUGUGGGGGAUGGGAGAUGGUUCCCCCCUCCCCCACUUUCGCCCUGCCCAGAAACUACUCCUCCUCUCUCCCCCCUGGAGGCAAAGGAAGGGGGGUGGGGGGCAGGACUCCCCUCGGUACUGCGGUUGCACAGAGUAUUUCGCCUAAACCAAGAAAUUUUUUUAUUACCAAAAAGAAAAAAGAAAAAAAAAAUAUCCCAGCGGCCAGCUUUCCUCCCUGCCCCAUUGGGACAGCUGAGACUGGAUCUGUGGGGCGUCCGGGAGGGGGGCUCCCAGCUGGGACACUCUCAGGCAAGAGUGGUGGAGCUCCGUCAGGCCCUCCCCCGCCUGGCCCGCUUUGGGCUUCUCCCCUCUCCUCCUCUCCUUCCUCCAAGCCAACCACCAGAGGUGGCCUUGCCCUGCCCUCGGGCCCCUGGGCUGGAGGCCUGGGCGCUGGGGGUGGGCAGGGGCGACGAGGGGCCCGCCCCUGCCUGCGCAGAGCUGGGCAUUCCCUUCCAUGAGCUGCUGUGGGGACAUUCGCUCCCCUCCUCAAGGCUGUGCCAUCUUUCCCACCCCGCCUGCCUAGCAGGAGGGGCUGACCCCAGGCUGGGAGAGGGGAGGGGGCCGCAGGCCGCAUGGGCUCUGCAGCCCCCUCUUGUCUGAAAGCACAGGCCCCCUGCUGGCCGCCAGCCUUCAUCCGCCCCCUCCAGUGCCUCCCCCCCUUCCCCGUCAUUGGCAUUAAUCCAGGCACCGGCUCAUCCAGUGCAGUGACUUCCGCACCCCUCUCAUCUCCUGGCCUUGCCUUCUCUUCUGACACUGUUGCUCCUGCCCUCAGGAGACAUGCCCAGGGCUGUGGCCACCUGGUGGGCAGCUGCACUGGGUAGCAGGGCCAGGGGCUGGCUGCCCUCCACAGGGUGGGGGCGGAUAAGUGACUCCCAGCUUGCUAACCUCGCGGCCGGCCUAUGGGAGUGGGCGGUGGAUGGGCGCUUGGCUGGUGGCGGCCACUGCAUCCCUUAAUUUAUUUCUCUGCUGUUUCUGUUCUUGAGAAAUUGGGGGAGGAAGGGGGAGUCCUGCAGAGGCCACCCUGCCCUCACCCAAGUUGUACAUUUUUUGUGAUGGGUUUUAUUUUUUAUUUUAUUAUUUUAUUUUUUUCUUGAUUUAUGAUGACUCCAGCCCUGUUCAUCACCCCCCACUCGCAGGCCAGGUCCCCUGACACCUCGAGGCCUUCGGUCCCGGGAUGGGGCCUCGCCAACCUCAGCCCUACCCCCACCCGCCCCCCCAGCCUGUGGCUCCAGCUCAGACCAAGGGCUUCCCCGUCCUCCCCCAGCCCUGUGGAAAAGCCCGGGUGCUCCAAAGGGGCCUGGCCGGGAGGGCGUGGCUUGGCUCACCUAGCGGGUGGGGCCAGGGGCACCCCGGCAAGGUGGCCCCUCCCCACCUAGCCCCCCUCCCCUUCCUGCACUUGGUUUCUCCUCUGGAUCAAACACGUAAUAAAGAGAAUGUUUGGAAUCUGA